UCACGUCAGGCUGUGUCCACUUGUUUCCUGCUCCGGAGGAUGAUAGGCGGAACGCGAAGCACCUUUAGAGGCCGCCACUAGCUAAUGAAGCAUUUCUUCUAACCACUUAGUAUUUUUAAAAAGCCAAGGUCCACACAUGAGAGCACCAUUCCAGGUUCGGACGGGAUGCGUGUGAACGGGAUAGAAAUCCCCCGGUUCUUUAAAACAGUCAUAGGCCCCCUUCGGCACCGUUAUGCUGAUUUGGUCCAUUUAACGACAGCCUGAAGCAGAGGUGGAACAUGGGAUUCCUGCACCAGCUCCAUCUCCUGCUGUGGAAGAACAUCUCUCUGAAGAGGAGGGGGCCGUGGGUGCUGGCCUUUGAGAUCUUCAUCCCACUGGUCCUCUUCUUCAUACUCCUGGGUCUGAGGCAGAAGAAGCCAGCGAUUCCUGUCAAGGAAGCGUUCUACAGCGCGGCCCCCCUCACCUCCGCAGGAAUCAUCCCUAUCAUGCAGUCUCUGUGCCCCGAUGGACAGAGGGAUGAGUUUGGUUUCCUGCAGUACAAGAACUCUACUGUGACCCAGCUGCUGGAGCGGAUCAGUGAAGUGUUGGAGCAGAACCACCUCUUCAUGUCAGACCGGCCUGGUUUGUGUCAGGAGCUUGAGAGACUGCAGCAGCACCUGGAGAGUCUCAGAUCCAGCCCUUUACCUCCGGACAGCAGCCUCAACAGCAGCCAGGGCUUCACUCUGGCCAGUGUGUUGGUGAAUCCGUCAGGUUUUCAGCAGUUCCUGGUCAGGAACCUUUCCCUGUCCAGCUCCACAGCCAGCCUGCUGCUCAACACUCCAGUCAGCCUCCCAGAGGUGCACAGUCUUAUCUUUGGUACAUCUCUCAGAGGGGCCCAACAAUGGAUUCACAGGGCAAAAGACACCAGACAAAAACCUGAACACAAAGUUCAUCACCUUGAGGAAAAGCUGCUGGGAGAUGUGCACAGUCUGGAUGGAGGUCUGAUACACAAAGCCUUACGUGACCCAACCAAAGCAGGCCAGCGGCCGGCUCUGCUCCGGCUCAUGUCUCGGGCGUUAGGCCUCAGUGAGGUCCCAGGAAACCAGAGCACUGACCAACAGGCCCUGGAGGAGCUGGAGGGGGCUCUUCUGACUGGGGCCAUGUUGGAGGUCCUCACCUGUGGGGAGGGCGGGGCUAGUGAGCUCAGUACCAUCCUGAUGGUGCCAGAGAAGCAGCGACCGGUGCUGCAGGCCUACCUCAGAGCAGUGUGCGGCGGGGGGGAGGGUCAAAGAGCAGAGCGCUUCAGACUGCUGAGCCUGGAGCUGAGAGAGCAGAUCAACACCCAGCGGGUCAGAGAGAAGCUCCAGCUGGAGCGGCCCCGCUCUGUGGCCCCCCUCUCUCAGGCCGACCUCAAGGCCUUGCUGAAGGACCUGGCUGAUAUGGAGAGGCUUCUGAAGGACGUGGACCUGCUCUCUGGCCUGGCCCGCCUGCUGCCCAAAGGAGCCUGCGCUGGUCGAACUCCAGCCUCCCCCACAAACAUGACUUGGCCCCUUAACGCUACCACAUGGGGCCCAAACACAACUGACAUCCCUGGAGAAGAGGGGGGUGGAGGUGCAGAGGAAGGUGGAGGAACAGGAGGAAGGAAAGGAAAGGAGGAAGCAGAGAACCCUCACUCUCAGUUUUCAGCCUUUGUGCAGCUGUGGGCCGGACUGCAGCCCAUCCUGUGUGGGCACAACAGGAUCAUCGAGCCGGAGGCUCUAAAGCAGGGGAACAUGAGUUCUCUGGGAUUCACCAGUAAAGAGCAGAGGAAUCUGGGACUACUGGUUCAUUUGAUGACGACAAAUCCCAAGAUCCUCUACUCCCCCAUUGGAUCGCAAGUGGAUAAAGUGAUUCAGAAGGCAAAUGAGACCUUUGCUUUUAUUGGAAACGUGACACACUACACCCGGGUCUGGCUCAACAUCUCCGCCCAGCUCAGGACUUUUCUGGAGGAGGGUCGUCUGCACAACCAGUUGGUGUGGCUGCAGCAGCUGUCCUCAGAGCUGCAGCAGCACCCUGAGCUGUUGAAUAGCACAGACAGUGAGCUAAUGCAGGGUCUGAUGGAGGGAAACUACAGCCUUCCGAACAUCUCCAUCCUGCUGGAGCAGAUGGACACCAUCGACAACGCUGCCUGCGGCUGGACACGCUUCAUGUCUAAGGUUAGUGUUGAUGUCUUCAAGGGCUUUCCCAACGAGGACAGCAUCGUCAACUACACCCUGAACCAGGCCUACCAGGACAACGUGUCUGUGUUUGCCAGUGUGAUAGUCCAGACUAACAAAGAUGGCUCCCUGCCAUCCCACGUUCUCUACAAAAUUAGACAAAACUCCAGUUUUACAGAGAAGACCAAUGAAAUCAGACGGGCCUACUGGCGUCCCGGGCCCAACACCGGGGGGAAGUUCUACUUCCUGUACGGAUUUGUUUGGAUCCAAGAUAUGAUGGAGAGAGCCUUUAUCAACACGUUUGUGGGACAUGAUGUGGUGGAGCCUGGGAACUACGUGCAGAUGUUCCCCUACCCAUGUUACACCAGAGACGAUUUCCUGUUUGUGAUUGAGCACAUGAUGCCUCUGUGCAUGGUGAUCUCCUGGGUCUAUUCAGUAGCCAUGAUGAUUCAGCACAUUGUGGCUGAGAAGGAGCACCGGCUCAAAGAGGUGAUGAAGAUGAUGGGUCUGAACAACGCCGUCCACUGGGUGGCCUGGUUCAUCACAGGCUUCGUACAGCUGUCCAUCUCUGUCACCGCUCUGACAGUCAUCUUGAAGUAUGGCCGGGUGCUGCUCCACAGCGACCCUUUCAUCAUCUGGCUCUUCCUCACCAUCUACGCCGUGGCCACCAUCAUGUUCUGUUUUUUGGUGUCAGUAAUCUACUCUAAGGCCAAGCUUGCGUCAGCCUGUGGAGGGAUCAUCUACUUCCUCAGCUACGUGCCCUACAUGUACGUGGCCAUCAGGGAGGAGGUGGCCCAUGAUAAAAUCACCGCCUUCGAGAAGUGCAUCGCUUCUCUGAUGUCCACCACAGCCUUUGGCCUGGGCUCCAAGUAUUUUGCAUUGUAUGAGGUAGCAGGGGUGGGAAUCCAGUGGCGGACCAUCAGCCAGUCUCCGGUAGAGGGUGAUGACUUUAACCUUGGUCUGUCCAUGAUGAUGCUCAUGAUCGAUGCCGGGGUGUAUGGAGUGCUCACUUGGUACAUAGAGGCCGUGCACCCAGGAAUGUAUGGGCUGCCCCGACCAUGGUACUUUCCCCUGCAGAGAUCCUAUUGGUCAGGCAGUGGGCGUGUCGAGACCUGGGAUUGGCCGUGGUGUGGGGGAGGGGCGGCCCGGCUCAGUGUGAUGGAGGAGGAUCAGGCUUGUGCUAUGGACCAGCGUAGAUCUGAGGAGAUGCGGGGCAUAGAGGAGGAGCCGAGCCAUCUCUCGUUGGUGGUGUGUAUAGACAAACUCACCAAAGUGUACAAGACCGGCAGCAAACUGGCCCUGGACAAACUGAGCCUUAACCUCCAUGAAAACCAGGUAGUCUCCUUCCUGGGACACAACGGCGCUGGCAAGACCACAACCAUGUCCAUCCUCACUGGCUUGUUCCCGCCCACCUCUGGUUCUGCCACCAUAUAUGGUCAUGACAUCCGAACAGAUAUGGAGCGGAUUCGUCAGAACCUGGGCAUGUGUCCACAGCACAAUGUCCUGUUUGACAAGCUGAGUGUGGAGGAGCAUCUGUGGUUCUACUCCAGACUGAAAGGCAUGGCUGAGGAGGAUAUCCGCAAGGAGAUGGACAAGAUGAUUGUUGACCUGGAGUUAUCUAAGAAGCGCCACAGCUUGGUGCAGACGUUGUCCGGCGGGAUGAAGAGGAAGCUGUCGGUGGCCAUUGCCUUUGUGGGCGGCUCCAGGGCGGUGAUCCUGGACGAGCCCACAGCGGGGGUGGACCCCUACGCUCGCAGGGCCAUCUGGGACCUCAUCCUCAAGUACAAACAGGGCCGCACAAUACUCCUGUCCACCCACAAUAUGGAUGAAGCAGACCUUCUGGGAGACCGCAUUGCCAUCAUCUCCCACGGGAAACUAAAGUGCUGUGGCUCGCCACUCUUCCUGAAGAGCACAUACGGAGACGGAUACAAACUGACUCUGGUCAAAAAGCAGAAUGAAGACAGAGGACAGGGCAGCCAACAGCAGCCUCCCUCCUCUGUGGCCCCCUCCUCCUCUCUGUCCCCCUCCUCUGUGGCCCCCUCCUCCUCUGUGGUUCUGUCCUCCUCUCUGUCCCCCUCCUCUGUGGCCCCCUACUCCUCUGUGGCCUCCUCCUCCUCUGUGGCCUCCUCCUCCUCUGUGGCCUCCUCCUCCUCUGUGGCCUCCUCCUCCUCUGUGGCCUCCUCCUCCUAUGUGGCCCCCUCCUCUCUGUCCCCUUGCUCCCAGGCUCGUGUCAGCCAGUUUAUCGGGCAGUUCGUGGCCUCCUGCGUGCUGGUGUCCGACUCGAACACGGAGCUGUCCUACGUGCUGCCCUCCGAGGCUGUGAAAAAGGGUUGCUUUGAGAGGUUGUUCCAGGCUUUAGAGCAGAGUCUGGACAGCCUCGCCCUCACCAGCUUCGGGGUGAUGGACACCACCCUGGAGGAGGUGUUCCUAAAAGUGUCUGAAGAGGACCAAUCUCUGGAGAACAGUGACGCUGACAUGAAGGGGUCCCCAGGGGGAAGCUCAGUGGGGAAAUCCUCAGUGGGCUCAGCUGGCCUGGGAUUGCCACAGGAGGGUUCUGGACCUUCAGUGGAGAGUGAGAAUCCGGAGGUGGAGCUGAGUAAUCUGAUGUCGAGCUCCACCAUGAGCCAGAGCCAGUCCUCUCUCAAAUCCUCCUCGUCCAUUGGUUCAGUGAGGGGCGAUGAGGGGGGGCUCCACGCAGACUUCUAUGGAGAUUACUGUCCGCUCUUUGACAGCGGCCAGGAGCCAGACUCUGCCAUUCUGAGGGGAGAUGCAGAUAAAUGUCCGUCCCAAGAGCCGGAGGUCCUGGAGGGGCAGGGCAGCUUCAAGCUGGAGGGCUGGUGGUUGAAGCUGAGUCAGUUUCAUGGCCUCAUCGUCAAGAGGUUCCACUGUGCCAAGAGAAACACCAAGGGCCUCUUCUCUCAGAUCCUCCUGCCAGCCUUCUUUGUCUGUGUGGCCAUGACUGUGGCCUUAUCUGUGCCUGAGAUUGGAGAUUUACCACCCCUAAUCUUGUCCCCAUCUCAGUAUCAUAACUAUACACAACCUAGAGGCAACUUCAUCCCUUACACCAAUGAAGACAGAUCCCAGUACAGGAUUAGGCUGUCACCGGACGCCAGCCCACAGAAGAUCAUCAACACCCUCCGUCUGCCCUCGGGCGUGGGGGCCACCUGUGUCCUCAAAACCCCCUUCAACAGCACCCUGGACCAGCUGGCCCAGACCCUCAACCCCAGCGCCAACAACUCCAAGACCCUGGCUGCACGCUACUUUGACUCCAUGUGUCUUGACUCCUUUACACAGGGGGUCCCUUUCUCCAACUUUGUACCCCCCCCUCCCUCACCAGCGCCUUCAGAUGACCCAGAUCCUGGCUUUGAGGACGGACUGUGGAACUACACAGCCGCCCAUCCGACCGCAGUGCAUGAGCCUGUGACGUCCCCCCCCACACUCCCCCUGUCCCUACAUGAGCCGGUGCGUUGUACCUGCUCUAUGCAGGGGACAGGGUUCUCCUGUCCCAGUGGGGUGGGGGGACGCCCCCCCCUCAUGAAGGUGGUGACAGGAGACAUCCUGGUGGACAUCACAGGCCGCAACGUCUCUGAGUAUCUGCUGUUCACAUCAGACAGACUGCGUCUGCACAGAUAUGGUGGAUUAACAGUGGGGAACAUUCAGAAAUCAAUCCCAGCGUCCUUUGGGAGAAAUAUACCUCCCAUGGUUCGCAAGAUAGCAGUUCGCAGAUCAGCUCAGGUUCUUUACAACAACAAAGGUUACCACAGCAUGCCGACAUACCUGAACGUCCUGAACAAUGCCAUCCUGCGCGCAAACCUGGCUGCAUCCAAGGGAAACCCUGCUGCCUAUGGCUUCACACUGACAAACCACCCAAUGAAUCGAACCAGUGCCAGCCUCUCUUUAGACUACUUGCUCCAGGGGACAGAUGUGGUGAUUGCCAUCUUCAUUAUUGUGGCCAUGUCUUUUGUACCGGCCAGCUUUGUGGUCUUCCUUGUUGCAGAGAAAUCCACGAAGGCCAAACACCUGCAGUUUGUCAGCGGGUGUGACCCUGUCAUCUACUGGCUGGCUAAUUACAUAUGGGACAUGCUGAACUACCUGGUGCCUGCAACAUGUUGUGUGAUUAUUCUGUUUGUGUUUGACCUGCCGGCCUACACAUCACCAACUAACUUCCCUGCAGUCCUCUCUCUCUUUCUUCUGUACGGGUGGUCCAUUACUCCCAUCAUGUACCCAGCAUCCUUCUGGUUCGAGGUGCCCAGUACAGCCUACGUGUUCCUUAUAGUCAUCAACCUCUUCAUAGGCAUCACUGCAACUGUUGCCACCUUCCUGCUCCAGCUCUUUGAACAUGAUAAGGUCAGAUCUGAAAGAAUCAACAGUUACCUAAAGUCCUGUUUCCUGAUCUUCCCCAACUACAACCUGGGACAUGGCCUGAUGGAGAUGGCUUACAAUGAGUACAUCAAUGAAUACUACGCUAAAAUAGGCCAGUUUGACAAGAUGAAGUCUCCAUUUGAGUGGGACAUCGUGACGCGAGGGCUCGUUGCCAUGACAAUCGAAGGCUUUGUUGGCUUCCUCAUCACCAUCCUCUGCCAGUACAACUUCCUCAGAAAGCCGCCGAGGAUGCCUGUCAGUUGCCAGCCAAUAGAUGAUGACGAUGUAGACGUGGCCUGUGAGAGACGGAGAGUGUUACGAGGAGACGCUGACAAUGACAAGCUAAAGAUCGACAACCUCACAAAGGUUUACAAAUCCAGGAAGAUGGGUCAUAUCUUGGCUGUGGACCGGCUGUGUCUGGGCGUCCGGCCGGGGGAGUGUUUCGGACUGCUGGGAGUGAAUGGAGCAGGGAAGACCACCACCUUCAAGAUGCUGACAGGAGAUGAGUCUACCACUGGAGGAGAGGCCUUCAUUAACGGAAACAGUAUCCUGAAGGACCUGUUGUGUGUGCAGCAGAGUAUUGGCUACUGUCCGCAGUUUGACGCUCUGUUUGAUGACCUGACUGCUAGAGAACAUCUGGAACUUUACACUCGCCUCCGUGGCAUUCCCUGGAAGGACCAGGAGAGGGUGGUGCAGUGGGCAUUAGAGAAGCUGGAGUUGUCAAAGUAUGCGGACAAGCCUGCCGGCACUUACAGUGGAGGUAAUAAACGCAAGCUUUCCACUGCCAUCGCUCUGAUUGGAUACCCCUCACUCAUCUUCCUGGAUGAGCCCACCACUGGCAUGGACCCGAAGGCCCGCAGAUUCCUCUGGAAUUUGAUCCUGGACAUAAUAAAGACAGGACGCUCUGUUGUGCUGACAUCACACAGCAUGGAGGAGUGUGAGGCUCUGUGCACCAGGCUGGGCAUCAUGGUUAACGGCAGGUUCAAGUGCCUGGGCAGCAUCCAACAUCUGAAGAACAGGUUUGGGGAUGGCUACAUGAUCACAGUGAGGACCAAGAGCAGCUCCAAUGUGAAGGAGGUGCUGCGAUUCUUUAACAGGAACUUCCCUGAGGCCGUGCUGAAGGAGCGUCACCACACUAAGAUCCAGUACCAGCUGAAGUCUGAGCGGAUCUCCCUGGCUCAGGUGUUCAGUAAGAUGGAGCAGGUGGUGGAGGUGCUGGGCAUCGAGGACUACUCCGUCAGUCAGACCACUCUGGACAAUGUGUUUGUCAACUUUGCCAAGAAGCAGAGUGACAACCUGGAUCAGCAGGAGGUGUCCCCCCCGGUGCCUGGACAGUCCCCCCUGCAGCGCAUCCUCAACCUGCUGAAGUCUCAGCCGGCCCCCACGGAGCUCAGCGCUCUGAUCAGCGAGGCGCCCGCCGAGUUGGAGAGCGACGAUGACGAAGGACUCAUCAGCUUUGAAGAGGAAAGGGUGCAGCUGUCCUUCAACACGGACACUCUCUGUUGAAAGAGCCUCUGAAGGGCAGAGAGCAGUAGGGGGUCUUCAGAGCUGCUGAUCUUAACCCUGAAGAGGACCAAAACUCUGCAUCGUGAAACAUAGGACCAGUAGUUCAGAAUUUCCGCCUCAAAUGUUGUAUUCUGUGAGGGACUCAUGUGGUUUGGCAGCUGGAGACAGCAGCAGCAUUCAGACUGAAAACUUGGUCCUGGAAUGUUUCCCUUUUAAAAAAAUGUUUAAGAAUGUAUCUCACUAAAUGAGUGAUGAAUACAGUAGGCAAGCUACAUUUUCAGUGGAUGAUCAAAUCAUUGGUUGGAGAUAUGUUAAAGUGUUUGACAGCACAGGUUACUUUAAGUUGGUGGAACGCGCAUUCUACUAACAGGGCCUCAUGUAACCAGAGCAGGCCCUUACUGAACCAGACUGAACCGGAUUGAACCAGACUGAACCAGACUGAACCGGACUGAACCAGACUGAACCAGAUUGAACCGGACUGAACCGGACUGAACCAGACUGAACCAGACUGAACCAGAUUGAACCAGACUGAACCAGACUGAACCGGACUCAACCAGACUGGACCAGACUGAAGGAGAGCAUGCUGUGAUGAAGUCCCUCCCCAUUGGACAUGUGAUACAGUCUAUUUUUGAUGUGGCAAGAAGAAUGAUUUAUUUUGGAGCUAUGGACUGGUGUGUGUGUGUGUGUGUAUGUGUGUGUGUGUGUGUGUCAGAGAUGGGGACUCGAGUUUGUAACUCGGACUCGAGUCGCACUUAAGUCGCACACACAGACUUCAGACUUGACUUGGACUCCUGCUCAAAAGACUUCGGACUCGACUUGGACUCGUGUUUUGGGACUCGUGAACAAUCAUUGUGUUUUCUAU